CUAUCUAUCUAUCUAUCUAUCUAUCUAUCUAUCUAUCUAUCUAUCUAUCUAUACGCAGACACACACAGCAGAGGUGGGAUCAAACAGUGGCCUUGUGACCUUAUUAGGUCUUAUAAUACAUCCAUGCUUAGCUUUUACAGUAUAGUACAUUUUACAGCACAUUUACCCCUUUUAUCAUGACUAACAGUAAAUUGACUAAAAAAAUUUCUUUUUAAAUGCUUUAUCAUACAAAACAUUUUCCACUUUAUCUUAUUAAAACAAUUAAACAUUGAAAUUGGAGGAAACAAUCAUAGCUUAUUUAUACAUUUUUACAUAGUAAAAUAUGAACAAUACAUACAAAUAAAAUGAACACAAUAAAAGGAAAUAAAUGCCACAUAAAAAUAAGGACGAUGGAACACAAAUAAUGAAAACAAGUAUUUCGAAAGGACCAAAGGACUGAUAGUAAAUACUUUACACUAACUGGAUACAAAUGCAUGAACAUGAACGCACCAGCACACAGAUGUAAGCCAGCUGCUAAUCUGAUUGGAUGUCCCCAGACGCCCCUCUGACGUCAGCUCGAGCACACCUGAUGCUCAUUGAUCCUGAAGGCGGGAGCUAAGAACCGGUUUAAAAGACAAACGCGGACAACCGUUACGUCGCUUGUGACUCCAUAACAGAGCGGGAGUGUUAGGGUCCCUGCCGCCUCACAAACACACGGUUUUUACUGUAGCUCAGCGGGUCCUCUGGUUCUCAGAGCGGUUGUACAGGCUGUUUUCCCGCCGGGGCUGAAGUCACAACAAGCAGCUGUUCACCUGCCUGCGGCCAUGUUCGAGACCAGUAGCGACGACUUGUUCCUGCCUUCCUGCCAAGAUGAGGAGCUGGUUGACAACCUGCUGUCAACUGAGGAUUUGGAUGGCGAUGGCGGCAGUGGUGGAGGAGAAUGCAGUCUCUCCCUAGCUAAGGCCCUCCUUCCCCUGGUAGAGUCCUCCUCCCCUCCCCUCAUCCCCUGGGUCUGCUCCACCCGCUACAAGACGGAGCUCUGCACCAGCUACUCUGCUACUGGGUUCUGCAAGUACGCAGAGCGCUGCCAGUUCGCCCAUGGCCUCAACGAGCUCCACGUUCCGUUCCGCCACCCGAAGUACAAGACGGAGUUGUGUCGUAGCUAUCACACGACUGGCUACUGUUACUAUGGCAGCCGCUGCCUGUUUGUCCACAGCCCCACUGAGCAGCGGCCUGCCCUACGCCGCCGCAGGAACGUCCCCUGCCGCACCUUCCGCUCCUUUGGCGUUUGUCCAUUUGGUACUCGCUGUAACUUCCUGCACGUCGAGGGUGGAGAUGUUAACGGCAGUCUGGAGUCUCCUGAUGUUGGCGAGGAGAAGACUCCAUCCAGUCUCAGCCACCAGCUCCAGCCACAGACCAAGGAGUGGAGGCCUCGAGGAGCUCUAUGCCGCACCUUCAGCUCCUUCGGGUUUUGCCUUUACGGCACACGCUGUCGCUUCCAGCACGGCCUCCCCAGCAAGAUCAAAACGCCAGACCAGCAUCAAGGAAGAGCCCUCCACCCUCAGCAAUCUCUCUGCAGUUCAGGUUUACCUUCCCCCACCUCCCCCUUCACCUCAACCUCGUCGAACUCUUCAACCUCCUCCUCUCCUCCAUCAACCUCUCCUCUGGCCACCCCGCCUGCAGAGGUCACGGCCCACAAUGCGUUCACCUUCUCCAGCCAGCACCUGAGUGACCUGCUGCUGCCGCUGGCCCUCCACCUGCAGCAGCUGGAGAGCAGCAAGGCCCAGGAGAUCUGGGACAACAGGGCGGUGUAACUGCAUGUGGUCGUAGUCUGAACCAGCAUCAGCACUGAACUGCACAGCUCAAUUAAAUCUUUUUUUUUUCUUGUUUUUUUUAUUAUUUUUAUUAUUUUUUUUUUUUAUAUAACCUUUCCUUCCCAAGGACAUUUUAUUUUAUUAUAUGUAUUUUUUUAAAUUUGCAGUUUGACUGUCUGUCAGCAGGUCAAGCAGGCCUUGAACUGUUCAGUUCUACUUCAGACAUCUCUAUUUCUGAACCUAGUCAAUGCCUCCAGGUUCAGCUAUGAGUGUAAUUUUUUUUUUUUUUUUUUUUUUUUUUAAACUAUUGUACAUACUUUAUUAAUAAACUUAGUAAAGAGAUGUCUGACCUCAGCAUCAUGAAUAAACAAUUUUAAUCUCUAACCCUCUUGUUGUGUUUUUAAUGCAAGUCAGCUUUGUAGAUUUUCAGCACUGUUUAUACUUGACAUCUGCUUGUGCAACAAGGUGACAGUGCUGUUGUUGGAGGUUGAGGCAAAGAGACUUAACUACAAAGGUGAAAACCAAGAUAACUGGGGCAACUAGCAGCAAAAUGGACUCUGUACUUACAGUGAGGUUUUAAUACUGUGCUGUGUCCCUCUCCUGUUUCAAUAUGACCAAAGUCCAGCUCCCUUAGUGUUUUCCCAGUUUGGUGUGGAAGAACUUGACUGGUCUGCACAGCCCUGGGUUGAACUGGAACAUGGCCUGUGAUCUAAGGCUGAAGAGCAAAAUUCAACAUCUAGAUUUUAGCCUGAACCAAGAAGUGUUGAGGCUAUUGUUGCAGCGCAUUAAUUGUCUUGAAAUGAGAGAUUCCAGUUGAUCACUAUUUUAAUCAUUUUCAACUAGACUGACCAACAAUGAUAAACAUUUCCCUUUUUAAUUCUUGGGUGCCGUUGCAUGUAAACCAUACAUCCCUCCAGCCAAGAGGGCGGAC